GCUGCUGUUACUGUAGUUUGGAGUCGUCAGGACUCAGAAGUGAACGUAGCAGCGUUUGGGCUCCGCUGAAGAACAGCUUUUAUUUUUAAACCUCAUUCCAUUAUUUUAUGAAUUGUACAUUUGUGUAGAUAGAUAUAUAUUUUUUUCUAUUUUUUUAAAGAACACCAAGACCCGGAGAAGAUGGAACUGAAUUCUCUUUUAAUUUUGCUGGAGGCUGCAGAAUAUUUGGAGAGACGAGACAGAGAGGCAGAACAUGGUUAUGCGUCUGUUUUACCCUACAGCAGUGACUUUUCCCGAAAGAAAUCGAAAGCCACACCAAUUUCCAGAAAAGCUCAGAACAAUAGAUCAUCACACAAUGAGCUUGAAAAACACAGACGUGCCAAGCUACGGCUCUAUUUGGAGCAGUUGAAGAAGCUGGUGCCUUUGGGUCCAGACAGCACGAGACACACCACCCUGAGCCUGCUGAAAAGGGCCAAAAUGCACAUUAAGAAGCUGGAGGAACAGGACAGGAAGGCUUUAAAUGUGAAGGAGCAGCUUCAGAGAGAGCACCGCUACCUCAAACGCCGCCUCGAGCAGCUCUCCGUGUCGGGGUCCGUGGAGCGCAUUCGCACUGACAGCAUGGGCUCCACCAUCUCCACCGACUCAGAGCAAGAGGUGGACAUUGAGGGCAUGGAGUUCACCCCGGGCGAGGUGGACAGCGUGGACAGCAUCAGCGACGGCGAGGAGGAGGACGAGGAGGAAGAGGAGGACCACUACGGCGUCCAGAGCAGCUCCAGCGAUACCAGCUACACAGCCGCACAUUCCCACAGACUGCAACCGCACCACUGUUAGGCACCUUCCGUCGCUCAACCAACCAGUUCCUCCCAGCCUAUUGCUUUCCCUUCCUGAUUCCCUCCCGCCCUCGACGCCGCCUGUUACCUGCGUCAGACCGGUCCACGACGGCAGUACGGCUUCCACCUGUUCCAGGCCACGCCUCUGCAGGCUGACAUGCUAGCCGAGCCCUUCCUGGCACCCAUCGACCCCCAACGCAUCCUGCCCCCCCACAGCCCCUUCUAACCUAGUGUUGCUGCAGGCUCAGACAGCGCAGAGGAGAGUUUGUGGCUUUUCUUUCUGAUAAUUAGAAAGAUAAUUACUUAGUCAGGCAGUAAAGAAGAACAGCUUUGACCUGUUAAUCGCUUAAUGCAAAAGCAAGUUUCAUUUAUCUUCCUGAGGCAAAAGUGUUCAAACAAGGCUUUGCACUAAAAAAAAAAAGAAAAGCACUUCUGUUUGUCAACCAUUACAUAGAGAAAUGACUGUUGCUAAAUAUUUAUAGCCAUCUUGAAGCUUUCUGCUGACAAAUGCUACGAAAUUUCCAACAAACUACAUUGAAGAUUAUAAUUGUAACGUGAAAAAUGUGAAAAACUUCAUGGGGUGUGAAUACUUUUCCGAGGCCCUAAAAAGGUCACAUUAAGAGCACGAUCACAGUCCAAAUGCAUCGACCCUUUAUUGUUCAUCUUCAUCACAUCCUGAAUGCACAGCCAGGUUGCCGAAAGCAUGCAACACACAUUGUGACUUUUUUUUUUUUUUUUUUAUCCACAACCUUUUUUUAUGGUCAGUUCAUCUUUCAGUGAAGACGACAGGAGAAACAUCAGAGCUGCAGGAGCAGAAACAGUGUAAAUAGAUAAUCCAGUUACUGUCCACGUCUCCCUCUGGUUGGGUCACCUAACCACUAACUCCACACUACUGACCACUACACUAUACCACCAGAUGGUGUGGAUGGACUACUAACUCAGAAAGAAAAACAGAAAGGAAUGAGUUGCCCUACAACUAUAAAAACCCAAACAUUGUGUUUUGUUUUGUUUUUUCCUUCUCAGUAGCUAAUUGAUGUAGCAAAUAAGAGGCUUCCUCUUAAGUUUUGAAGUGAUCCUGGCGGACCACGAGCUAUUGUUAUUGGGAGAUGUUUAUGUUGUGUUUUGUUUCUUUAACCUGUAGAUGGUAAGCUGACCUUUGCGUCAGAUUCACUAACUGACCUCUGCCCGUCUGCACAGCGCCACCUAACGAUAAGAAUUGGAAAAUUCUCCGCAGCUCUGUCGCUUCGCCUGAAUUUACAGCGUCCGAUUAACAGGUCAAAGCUGACAACUCAGUGGGAAACUGUUCUUGUUCUGUUAAGAGAUAGAGAACUUAGCAAACUAAUCCUUCAGUUUUUCCAGCAGAAGUAAUGCUCUUCUCUUUGCUUUCUCCUACCUUUAUUAUUAUUAUUAUUAUUAUUGCUCCUCUCGGCUUUUCUGGAUGAAUUUCCCCCAGGCUUUGACUGUAAAUGAUGCACAAUAGUGGUUAUGGACAGACGAGGCGCUCCUGUUGCUCUCUGACGGUGUUAGUAAUCAAUAAGUCCCUCCGACCUCCACCUCACUCAACCCCACCCACCCAGCCACCCACCCACCCCCCGGUCUUUUUGCAGUCUGUAGAGCUUGGCACUUUAAAAAAAACAAAAAAACAAAACAGCAGCUCGUCCACUACGGCGGGUGGGUCUGACCAAAAAAAUACAAAACUGCUAAAAAUAGAAGAAAAAAAAAACCUGGAAAGAAAAGAAGCUACUCAUCACUUAAAGUGAAACCAGCUAGUGUAGUCUAUAUUUCUUGUACUGAGUUUUGUAUUAUAUUUUCCUAAAUGUUCUUUAAAGCUGAAAAAAAAGUCAAAAAAAGAGUGAGUAUAUCUAUCUAUAUCUAUAAAUAUAUAUCUAUAUAAAAGAGACAGACAGACAGGAGGCCAGGCUUGUUGAAGGGAGAGUGGGGGCAGGGGAGCUCAUACACUGGCCCCCCCUCUCUUGGGUGACUCUCCUGCUGUCAUUCUGUGCCUUGGUGAGCCUUCCUCCUCCUCCUCCUCUUCCUCCUCCUCGUUACCUCCCCAACUCAGGUCACACUCCCCCCCCUCCUCCUCCUUGUUUUCUCUACACUUCCACAAGCAGAGGGGUAUCAGUGUCCCCCCCGCCGCCCCUUGGCUUCUGCUUGGAGCCAUCGCCGCACCCUGUCCAGGAGCCCCCGCUGCCCCAGCCACCUCUGUCAUGGAAAUAAACAAAAACACACACACUGGUGAACUCCCAUGGCAGCUUCUAUUCGCUCCACAGCCCCACCGAACGGACACCAGCGGGGGGGCUCUAAACGUCUGGGCUUGAAGCUUCUUCAUCUUCUUUAAUUUUUUUUUUUUUUUUUACAAUUAUUGUAUUUUGACUAAAUGUUUGUUCUGCGGGAGCCGCCUGGGAGAGGAGUGAUAAAAGAAUAAUCCAAUCAAUGGCAGCUUAAGGUGUUAUCCUCCGAGCUCCCAGGUGGUCCGACCCAAACUGAAAAAGAAAAAAAAAAACUAGUGUUACCCAUCGAUCAGGAGGACUUCUUGACUAACAGCAAUAUGACCAUCUUGUGCUUUCAGACAAGGGAGGGUGGACAGGGCAGGGAUUUUUAAAGACAAGCAGGUGGUUUAUUUUGCUCUUACUCUGUGGUGCAUUUAUGGUGACCAACACUCUUUUUUUUUUUUUCUUUUUUUUUUACCUCCUAUCUGCACUCUCUCCAUACACUGCAGGAGGGCACAAAAAAAGAAGAAACCCAACCCCAGGUUAAAUUUUUUUUUUUUUGUGGUCAUAAACAGUUUACAUUCAUGUCAGAGCAUUUGUACAUGACUGUUUGUUGCAAAAAACUAAACUUUUUUUUGUUGCAAAAAAAAAAGGCAUCCAUGUUGGUCAAAAUGAACAACUGAGUAUACUAUUAUUGAAGGCAUGGGAUGAUUCUCUCGCACAGAACCUCCUAUAUGAGACGCAACAGGGAUUGGGGCGAGUUGAGAGUCGGAUGUGAGAUUAUGAUGUUUCAGUUCUGUCGUUGGGAAAAAAAAAAUAGCACACACAGUCAUGCUGAGUGGUUGCUGAGCAGCCGACCGGACGUUAGUCAACAUUCUGGUUAAGGUUUAAAAGGGGGAAGGCGUGUAUGGAGGUUCCUGUAAAGAUGUGCCUUUUCUAAGCAGAGAUUGUAUGAGCUGAAUAAAUAUAAAUGUAUAUGUAUAAAUGUACAUAUAUCAGCAACACAUGCAAGCAAAGAUGAGUUUUGAUGUCGGCUUCUGCGUAGGCAUGGGCCAGUUGCUGGUAUUGAGGCUUUAAAAGGUUCAGAUUUCAAAACCACAAAAAACUGAAAGUAGGAUUAAAGUAGAAAUGCACCAAUUAGGCUUUUUCUGACCAGGUGUCAGGAAUCGCCUCCCAAUUUAAUAAAAAAUAAAUGAAUACAUUUUAGAACUGCAAAACUGACAAAACUGACAAAAAUCUGUGAGUGGUGGAGGUUGUAGAUCUGUAUCCAAAAUAACAUUAGGAAAUGUUAUCCUAAUGCUAUCCUGAAUGGCUAGUUCCGAGGCUCUGGAUGAUUGAUUUUUAAAAGUCCUUUUAACAGUAUUGAUAUUGGGUGGAAAUUGGUCGAUUCCAAUGUCUUAAUGAUUUAUCAGUGCAUCUGUAAUUGAAAGGCACUUUAAAUGAAAUGCCAAAAUAAGGCUCUGGAGUGACCAGAGUUUUUUCUUCAGCUAGAUGGAGCCACAGUAACACGAUGCUAGCUGCCCCACCUGCUAGUCAGGUGGUUGGAAACAGACUUUCUGUGAGACUUUUCUCAUGCGAUGGGCAGCUCUGGCUGCUUUGAGACAAACACAAUUAGAUGUUUUAUAUUUUUCUGUUAUCACCGUGGUAAAUUUUUUUUUUUUGCUCAACAUUUUAUCGUGAGAAUAUCUUUACUGGCCCAUGCCUACUUUUGCGUUACUGUUGCUCAGAGAUUAGCGUAGGUAUAGUGCACUUUCUGCAAAGCAUGUAGGCUUGGAAACAUCAACAGGCUCAGAGAAAAUAACAUCAGCACACCUUGAACAGAGAUCAGAAUCUAUUGCUGCUUUUAAAAUCCACACAAUGACUUCCAUUAGAAAUAUUAUUCCUGCCAAACAAAUGGUCACUUUUAUUCCUUCCAUGAUUAAUUAAGAAUUUGUGUCUGGUAAUACAACGUGGAUAGCUUUAAGUACCCUUUAGGCUUUAGGUCAGCUUUCCGCCCUUUUUCAGCCUUCAUCACAUCUUCACACGUAGAGGUAGAACCCUCCAGAGCCGCAUCAGCAGGAGGAUCUCUGGCUGGGGGUUUAGUACAGAGGAUUAUGGAGAAACAGUUGGGGACCAGCGUGCUGAGCAGGGGAGGGAGAGUUCUGUGCCAGAGACCUGUGAAAUAUGUUCCUUUAUAGAGGAUAUGUAAUUGCAUACAGAAGAUGUUAUUAAGUUCC